GUAAUAGUGUUUGACCAGCUGUGGAUAAAGACCAGGGAGGGAAGUGGAAGAAGUAGGAUGCAGAACGCAGGUCCUUAGAUGCUCAGAAAUUCUGACUAAAAACAUUUUGCAUCAGCACUGAGACCUCCAGCACUCACAUCAGCGUUUUAUUGUGUGGUCAGAAGACGGAUUAAAGCCCACCAAUGCUGAAUCACCGUGUUGUGAGGGUGAGGAAUGCCCUGUUGAGGGAGUGCAUGGCUGAGAUAUUGGGAACUUUUGUCUUGCUGCUCUUUGGCUGCGCUGCUGGGGCUCAGGUGAAGACGAGCAGGGAAUCUAAAGGCCAGUUCCUGUCGGCCAACAUGGCCUUCUCUGUGGGUGUGAUGUCAGCUACGUACCUCACCAAGGGCAUCUCAGGUGCUCACCUGAACCCGGCGGUGACUCUGAGUUUCUGCGUGCUGGGCCAGGUGCCGUGGGGAAAGCUGGUGCCCUACUGCCUCAGCCAGGUGCUGGGGGCCUAUCUGGCAUCAGCCCUCGUCUUCCUGGUCUACUAUGAUGCCAUAAUGGAGUUUAGUGGAGGAGUAUUGACUGUUUAUGGCGCAAACGAGACAGCGUCUAUAUUUGCCACGUAUCCGUCAGAGUACCUGAGUUUAGGACGAAGUUUUCUGGACCAGGUAGUGGGCACUGGCAUGCUGAUGCUGUGCAUCCUGGGUUUGGAGGAAAAGAGGAACACCCCGGCUCCCUCAAAGCUGAUUGCUCCCAUAGUGGCAGCGAUCGUCUUGGGCAUCUCCAUCUCCAUGUCAGCCAACUGUGGUGCUGCAAUAAAUCCUGCUCGGGACCUGGGACCUCGCCUCUUCACACUGACAGCAGGCUGGGGCACUGAGGUAUUCACGUGUUACAACUACUGGUUCUGGGUACCCUUGGUGGCCCCACUUGUGGGAGGCGUAAUGGGGACUUUCAUGUAUUUGGUGUUCAUCCACUGGCAUCUGCCUGAUCCGGAUCCCGCGGAGAGCUUCUCCUCCAGCGGGGACGUGAUCAAGCAGCCCAGCAUCCAGCAGGAAAACGGAGCGGAGUUAAAGGCUACACAUCUCUAAGCGUCGUUAAUCACAAAAACUGAAGGUUAAAGACUUGGUUGUGAAUUAUAGUAGAGACGGCAAAAUCUGUGCUUCGCCAAUGCUAAGAAGCACAUACUGUAUCUGUCUGUCUGUGUAUGUGUUAUCUAUUUACUCUAUGAGUAAGCUUCUUUGACACAGCCAGGAGGCGCCAGGAGAGGUAUUGAUUGUAGGGAUGUUGAUAUUGAUGUAUUGUUUACAGUGUGGAUUUUUAAAUUAUAUGUACUUUUCAUGGACUAAAGAAUACCAUUAUGACUUGUUGAUUCAAUUAAAAUAUACAAAUGAAUACA